AUGGAGUUAUUGUCAAAUAAAAUCGAAAAAUUCGACCUAACAAAAUCGACCGACCUGGUGCCAAUAUUCGAAGAUAUCGCAUCUAUAACCGAACGAAUAGACAAAAAAUUGACCUUAGAAGAUGAAGAUUCGCCGAAUCGCGACAUAUCGGUUAUUCAUAGGGGACCGAUUAAAGGAAUACCGACUGACAUCACCAGUCAGGAUAAAAUUACGGAGCCUUAUAAAAAAUUUGCUAGGCCUCGUACUCCUGAAUAUGCUAGCCAUGGCUACGACCAGGUAAAUAACUUUAUGGCGGAUAGAUUUCUCGCCAAUGUUGAUCUUUUCAAUGAUAACUUAUUGCCUCCUUCACUUUUGUCACAUCAAAAAUUUAUGGCACAGUCUCAAAAUUUUAUUCUGUCUAAUCAAGCGGUGCAGGCAAAUUUGUAUCUGAAGCAGCAGCAGCAGCAACAAUAUCUUUCGUUAAUUCAGCCCAAUUACCAGCAAUCGUAUCAGAUACCGGGAGUUCAACUGCAGCCACAACUACACCAAACACAACAACAUCAAAAUCAACAACCACAGCUGCAACAACCACAGCUGCAACAACAACAACAACAGUAUCAAACGUUUGAUUUCGAAGAUACAUUAAAUCAGACAUUGAUCAAUCAUUCAACGCCCUGUCUCCAACCUGCUGUACCGGUAAGCUAUCAUCGUCAGCAGCAGCAACUACUACCACCACAGCAGCAACUACUACAACCACAGCAGCCUCCAUUCAUAAACAUCAACAGCAGUUACAAUUUUGCUCCUAGCGACGUUCCUGAAGUUACAGACAGUAACAAAAACAAAUCAGCCAGGGAGGUCUUGGCAGAACAGCCCAACAACCCUAAAUUUUCAAUGCCCACUUGUAAUUUCAUGCCCAGGAAAAAUGUCCUUUAUAACGAGCACGGUGAGAUUAUUGGUGAAAUGAAAGUUAAUAAUGAACAACCACAACAGCAGCAGCAGCAGUUACUACAUCAACCACCUCAGCAAAUACUUCAACCACAACAUCAUCAGUACCAGCAGCAACAACAAGCGUUUUUUUUUCAACAGGCGAUUCAACAACGGCCGCAACAACAACAACAACUACUACAAAAUGAACUACGAUAUCAAGAAAUGAGUAUGCAACAACCACAAAAACAACAACAGCAGCAGCAGCAACAACAACAACAAAAUUACAUCAACAAUUUUUCCAAAAAUCUUCAAAAAGACAUCACCUACUCCAAAAACAUCAACUACGGCAACAAGACAAACAAGGAAUACGACAAAACUUUACCAGAAAAUCUCAAAAUUUCAAAAACGACAAACUCAACGGAAAUUAGUGAAAGGAGAAAUAAACGGAAAAAUGACGAACCUCAAAAUGAAAAUUUGGAAGAAAAAAACCAAAACGAAGACACGGCGAACGAUCUUCGCAUCCUAGACGACUACCUUGGACAUGAGGACAUAGACGACCUCAUAUCAAACUACGACCACGACAUCAAACACAUGCCCCAAUUCCAACAACAGCAUCCAGCCCACUGUCAAUCAAAAAAUGAUCCAUGUGACGCUCUUAGCGAUUCAAUUUUUGACGACGGUGACGACAUAGAUGAUAACAUCGAUAAAUACGGAUACGUCGGUGCCAUCCGGAAUUUGUUUCAGGAAAUGGAAAAGUAUGAUCUGCCCGGAGAAAAAUUCUGUUUUGCGGAUGAGAUCAUCGCCAUGAAUGAAAAAAUCGAUAAGGAAAAUUUGUCGUCAUUAGGAGAGCUCGAUAGUAAUGGUCAUAAAUCUCCGGCGAUAAUUAUACCAGGUUCAGUAGGUACCGAUUCUCCGAUCGGUUCGAAUAACGGUUUUCAAUCCGACUUGAAAGCUUUGGGGAACGUAGACAUCGGUGAGCAAGACGAGGAAGGCGAUAACUUAAUACACGGAGCAGUUAUAAAUAGCGACCUAAGAUUGAUGAGCAAAAUUGUUACAAAGCUGAAAAUAGACGACGGAAUGAAGAAGGUUCUUGAAAUGAAAAAUAAAUUAAAACAGACGCCUCUAAGCAUAGCGGUCAUUUCCAACCAAUCAAGAUUCGUAAAACAGCUGAUAGACCUUGGGGCAGACCCCAACACAAACAUAAUCCCUAACUGUUCGGACGCCAUCGCCGUUAAGAGCUGUCUGUCGAUGAAGCCACUACAUUUUGCAGCUGCUAAAGGCCAUCUCUGGCUAGACUGCCUCAAAGAACUGCUGGCUAGUCCAGUUAUUGAUGUUAAUGCCGCAAAUAGCGAUGGCAAGACUCCACUGAUCUGCGCCAUACUGAACCACGGUCAAUUUUAUGAAAGUAAGAAAAUAAAUUCCAUCCAAACGAUUGAAGUCCUCGUUGAAAAUGGCGCAAACAUGAAUAAACCGGACCCGAGCUUUGACAUGACGCCUCUCCACUACGCCAUUUCAGCAAAAUCGUACGACCUGGUUAGAUGCAUCGUCGGCUUGGCAGACAGCCACAUCCCAAACUCCAGCAAACAACUCGAUAGAUCAAAAAAUGAACUGGCCAAAAUGAUGAGUGCUAAAACCGGUGCAGGAUAUACGGCCCUACAUCUGGCCGUCGCGAUUGAAAUGCCACCCAGCGAGCAUUUCAAACUAAUUCAAUUGCUUCUCAGUAAAGGGGCGGACCCAUCUUGUAAGAAUUCCGACGGCCAGUUGCCUAGGGAACUAACUAAAAACCAAAAAGUUGUCGAGUUAUUGAAAGGUCUUGGAACGAAACACGCCACAAACAGGAAGACACCAGCACAGCAACAGCCUUAUGACUCAUAUAAACAACAUCAUCCUCGUCACCACCAUCACCAUCAACAAAAAAAUACCAUUUUCUCAUCGUCACCUCAUUCAAUGUAUUACCUAACACCGCCAUCUUCAAUAUCCGGAUCGGUUUCUUCUAAUUCAUCCGGAAAAUCGCUCUCCCCGAUGCGACACCACAUUAAUGUUCCGUCCCCAGCGGAGUCAACAUACUCAACAUCGCCAUCUUCAUCGACGUUAUCGUCUGCUUAUCAACUCCGCAGCUAGACCUCAACGAUGUAAUUAUUGUAAUUAGUUCUUCGUAUAAGCGUUUUCAUUUACAAUGCAUUGAUGUUGUUUAUAAGUAUCACGCUGUCUUUAAUGCAUUCGUUGUUUUCGGUUUAUAUUUAGCUCUGACUGGUAUUUCCCCAUUAGUUUUUUCGAUCUAGGCGUUCGUAUUUAUUUUAUAUUUCCCCUUAUAAAUUUAUUGUCGGGCUUUAUCUAUAGAUUUACAACAUACGCAUGUGGACGCGUGUAGUGAGUGACAACGCU